UCUCUCCGCGUUCUCGACUGGUCCCGCAUUCAUUCUGGGCUCCAUUCUCCAUUCUCCAUUUUCAGGUUCCCGACCCUGCUCUCGCCCUUCGCACUCAUCACUCUCCAAACCCGCGUAUUGAAUAAUGCCGCCUCCUCUUCCGCACCCACCUUCACAAUGGUAGAUACUCUUCUUCGCCCUGCCACCCACCCUGUGGGAAGCAACACCAGCAACACCAGCAAUCGGCCAGACCCGACAGCCGGCCGCGACCCGAAGCCCUCAUCGCACAGCAUCACCAGCAGCCACAGCCGCAGCCGCAGCCGCAGCCCAAGCCCACGCUCGUCGUCGAGCGACACUUCCGACCCUGAUCUCGACCGCGAGAACAACCUCCGGUUACACCAGAUCGAGACGCAGCGCAGCGAUGGUUCGGGGGCCUCGAUUUCCUCCGGCGAAUAUCGUAUUACCACGCGGCGGACGGUGUCGCGGACAAGUCAGCGUAGCCGGUCGCCACGCAAGGGAGUGCUCGGGCAGAUUCAGCGCUUCUGGACGAGGAAUGUAGUUUUGACGGUGGGGCAGAAGAAAAAUCGCGAUUAUUUUGCUCUCGAAAGGACGUUCCUCGCGUAUAUCCGCACGUCGGUCAUCCUGGCGAUGCAGGGUGUUCUCAUCGCGCAGCUCUUCCGGCUGCAGUCGCCUCACACCAGCAAAGGUCUUGGAUUCCAUAAAGUCGGCGUCCCGUUGUCGGUGACCUGCCAUUGCGCGGCGAUGGUGACAACAGUGCUAGGAGCGCAUCGGUUUUGGAAGCAGCAGAGUGCGAUCGCGCUGGGGACAAUAUACACGGGGGGCUGGGAAUUGAACUGCAUUGGGCUCUUGACGGCAGCGGUGAGUUUCAUCAAUUGGACCGUUAUCACGAUCUGAGCUAAUCAAUCGGUGCAGAUCACGAUAGUUACUUUCAUCCUGUCGGUGUUUAUCACUGUGACGAUAUCUUGACAGGUGGUGUUUUCGGAGUCGGGAAGCAAUUCCAGGCAGGUGAAAACGACGCCGGCGUCAAAAACGGGGCGCCAUCUAUA